AUGAGCGACCUCAUUGACUACAUCCUCAAGCAUGAGGAUGCGUUUCGAAGGAACCGUUUACCCUCACUCUAUUCGGAUUUCGCAUUGCAAAAGACCACAAAUCCAGAUGGAUACGCCAUCAACAUUGCUGCGUGGGAGCGAGCGAUCAGUUGCGCAGCGAGGAAGGGACUCAUUGCUAGCGACCGGAAAGGAGAUCACUUAGUUCUGAGAACAAGUGAUGCGCUGCUACGACAGUUGGAGUUGCCUGAUUUGGGUCGACCGGUUGCUCUGGGCGCUGUUUUCGAAGAAGCCAUUCGGAACCAGGCAAUGGUACCGCUGCAGGCGUAUAGAGCGAGUGCGACGAGUUUACACAAGAAACAGUGGUCGGUCUUGGAUACCUCGGCGUUAAGUCCCUGGAGUAUCAUGAGUUGGGGGGCUAGACAGUUGAAAGGAAUCGUUUUAGGUGCUGACAGUCUUGAGGCAUCACCUCGAUUGCAGACGCAAGACCUGGUUAUUGUUGAGAACCUUCAGGAAGCAGCAAGCAAGAUUACGAAAGAAGCUUUAAGCCGGAGCUCUUCAAAGAUUGAUUUGAUCUACUCAAAGGAAGGAUUCAUAAAUGAGUUCAAAUCGAUACUGGAUGGAGAAAGCUCUCUAUCUGAUCUUGAUUUUGAUGUCCUGCUUCUCUACCUAUCCCGUGACACCGGUGCUAUCGCUUAUGACGGCAAGACCAUCAAAUUCAUGUCCUCGGAUGAUACCCGCACACAAAUUACCCAGCAGGAUACAACUAUCGCAAGUAUAAGAACGCUCAUAUCAACCAUGUCGAAACAAGUCGGAGAACUCGAGGCCAAGAUCGAAGGGCUUACCACAGCCGCGAAAGCCGCACUUAACAGCAAGAAUCGCAUAUCGGCUCUGUCCUCAUUGCGCUCGAAGAAGCUUAUAGAACAUAAUCUGAAACAAAGAUUGGAUACACUCGCGCAAUUGGAAGAGGUAUAUACCAAAAUCGAGCAGGCUGCCGAUCAAGUCGAGGUCAUGAAGGUCAUGGAGGCCAGUACCGGCGUUCUCCGCGGGCUCCAUAGCCAACUUGGCGGCAUUGAGCGUGUUGAAGACGUGGUUGAGGAGCUGCGAGAAGAGAUGAUGAAGGUAGACGAAGUCGGAAGUAUCCUCAAUGAGGCUGGACCCAUUAUUGACGAGGGAGAAAUCGACGAAGAGCUGGAAGCGCUGGAGAAGAGAGAGACGGAGGCGAUCGAAGAGGCAAAGGCGCAAGAAACCCGGAAGAGACUUGCGGAACUUGACAGCGAUCUUCUCCGACCAGCCACCAAGGAAGCUGCUAAGAAAGCAGCGACAGAACAAAGCACAGAUGCCGCAUUGGCAGAGAGCAUUGAUCGACUCUCCCAGAUGUCUGUUGAAGACGCCUCAGAAGAAGGAAAUGGAACGGUCCCUUUGCCGGCCAAAUAG